AUGGCCACCCCGACAUCGUCCGUGCCAGCCACCCCGGUGCUGCUGCUCAAGACCAAGUCGUCGCCGACCGACGCGUAUGAGGACCACUUUGCAGAGAUGACGGGCGAGCAUGGUGGCGGCUUCGACCCGAUCUUUGUGCCGGUUCUGGAGCACCGCUUUGACGACGACGGCGUUGCACAGCUGCGCGAUGUCCUGGUGCGGCGGCGCAUCGCCUCGACGGGGGAGGUCGCAUACGGCGGACUGAUCUUUACGUCACAGCGGGCGGUCGAGGCGUUUGCACGGGUCGUUGCCGAGGGCGAGGGCGAGGGCGAGAGCGAGAGCAGAAGCGAGAAGGGCGCGUGGCCGCAUCUGCAGGAUGUGCCGACUUACAGCGUCGGUCCGGCUACGACACGUGCCCUCAGAGCGGUGCCGCAACAACCGCCGUUGCAGGUCGUCGGCGAUCACACCGGCAACGGCGAGGACCUCGCCUACUUUAUCCGCGAGCACUACGCCAUCGCUCAGCCGGUCACACCGCCGCCACCGCUGCUCUUUUUGGUCGGCGAGAAACGUCGCGACGUCAUUCCGCGCGUGCUGAUGGACCCCACCAGCUCCAGACCCGUCCGCGUUGACGAGGUGGUGGUCUACGGCACGGGCGAGAUGCCCUCGUUUGCUGCUGACCUUGACCGCGUUCUGACGGCCACACGCGACCGGCCCUGUCGCUGGGUCGUGGUUUUUUCGCCCACAGGCUGCGACAGGCUGCUGGCCGGCCUCGGUCUGCUGGACCCGGCCACCGGACGAGUACACGGCGACGGCAGUCCAGUGACUGCCCGCUCGACAUACGUGGCCACCAUUGGGCCGACGACACGGGCGUUUCUGCGCGACAGCUUCGGCUUCGAGCCCGACGUUUGCGCUGACGAGCCCACGCCCGCAGGCGUGUCACGCGGCAUCACCCGAUUCAUGGCUGCGCAGACUCUAGGCCAUUGA